AUUCAUGAUCAGAUUUAUCACAAAACGCAGAAUCGGGAAGCUCCCGCAAUUCCAGAGGCGAUAACAAUGGCGGUGCUGACUGUAGUGCCCCCGCCAAACAAGCCCUUACUGAUGACGUCACCGCUCUCCUCGCUGACCGUUUCCAGCUAUUUAAAUAAUGGUUGCGCGGACUGGUGCUGUCUGCCGCGGAGUGUUUCCCAAUGUAUUCAAUUUUCAACAAUUUCGGCUGUUUCCAAGGGGAAAUCGGGAGGAACUAAAUCGCGAGUGUGCAGAAUGCAGUCGGAGAUGGCGACCGGUUCCUCAGACCCAUCGGGCAAUGGACACUCAUGGAUGAGAAACAACUCUUCAACGAUUAAAAAGGUUGUUCACGAAAAGAGGGAAGGUCCAUUGCAUUCAGUGUUUCCCACAGAAGCGGCACAAGUGGACGCUGUGAAGGACCUUUAUGAUUUUAUAUGUGAAGGUCCUCUUCUGGAUAAAAUAGGCCUAACCUCAGAAAAUGUAGCAGAAUCCAUUGAUGAGUGGGUAGUAUGCGGGUCACAUCUCUGCCGAUUGUUUCAGCUGAACGAACUGUUCCUUACUGAACCUCAAAAAAUCCGAAUCUACCAUUACUACAUACCAGUCUAUAUGUGGUGUCAAAAGGAAAUAUCUCAUCAUAAUUCUGAGUACCAAGACGAGGAUGACGUCCCUCCUUUAGUUAUUGGUUUCAGUGCACCUCAAGGUUGUGGCAAAACAACAUUGGUCUUUGCCCUGGAUUUCCUUUUCCAAAAGUCUGGGAGGAAGACUGCAACUCUAUCUAUCGAUGAUUUUUAUCUGACAUAUGAGGAUCAGGCCAAAUUGAGAGAGAGUAACCCUGAGAAUGCGCUUCUGGAGUAUCGUGGAAAUGCCGGUAGCCAUGAUCUUGGCCUCUCUGUUGAAACACUGACAGCUGUAAAAAAAUUAACUAAAGAAGGCACAAAAAUGAAGCUUCCCCGGUAUAAUAAGUCGGCUUAUAAUGGUCGAGGAGAUAGAGCUGAUCCUUCGCUAUGGCCAGAGAUUGAGGGCCCCCUGACGGCUAUUCUAUUUGAGGGUUGGAUGCUUGGGUUCAAACCCGUUUCAGAUGAAGUUGUGAAAGCGGUGGAUCCACAGCUGGAGACUGUCAAUAAAAACUUGCAAGCUUAUUAUCAGGCAUGGGACCAGUUUAUCAAGUCGUGGAUAGUAAUCAAGAUUCAGGACCCCAGUUGCGUCUACCAGUGGCGGUUGCAGGCAGAGAUUGCCAUGAGAGCUGAUGGAAAACCAGGAAUGUCUGAUGAGGAGGUUUUGGAUUUUGUCUCGAGAUACUUACCAGCAUACAAGGCGUACCUACCCACCCUCUACGCCGAAGGGCCAAAUGGUUCAGAUCCAAACCAUUUACUUGUGGUAGAAAUUGAUGAAGGCAGAAACCCCAUCCUUGCUAAUUAGGCUUUCUCUAGUAAGUCUAAUUUUUUAUUUUUUUAACAAUGUAAAUUAACAUUUGAAUGAUUUAUAACUCCUUGAAUAGAACUGUUUAAAAUCAACAAAAAGAUAGGCCUCAGUAUCUCAUGAAUAAUUGGCUUUCAUAUAUAAAACUAACAUGCAUAGAA